UCAGAGCCGCGGCCGUCGUUAACUUCUGGCCUGAAAAUUCCUGCCUUAAUUUAAUUUCCGACUCCAAAGGUUCAACCUUUAUUCAUUGAUUCAUGUAAUGGAAGCUGAAGAGUGUCCCACUACCACCGACUCCGCCAUUGUCGCCGUCACCACCGCCAUAGAAUCCGCCAUCGUUACAGUCGCCGCCACCGGCUCCAGCUCGCAGUUUCUUCCCGAUAAAUUUGCGGUGACCGGCGGCUGUCUCUCCGAUGAGCUCAAACAGAAUCAGAUAGUAUCAGUGGCGAGUAAGAUGAGACCCCGUAAGAAGUCCAUGGCUGCUCAGACCGGAGGUAAGAAGCCACGUAAGAGGACCAAGUCCAUGGCUGCUCAGAUUGCUGAGGCUGUCACUCAGUACAUUGCUGAUCCGAGGAGAAUUGGCGGAAAUCCGGCUGAAAAUGAGGAGGUUACACUAGUGACUGCAUCUUCAACCGGUACCGAAUCAGAUGAUGUAGUGCCAGUAACAGAAGAAAGCAAAAAGAGGAAGAAUGGGCCUGGAAAACGAGGACCAUCCACAGGCUCUAAAGCUGAGCAAAUUAGGAUUAGUACAGGGCAUAAGAUUGCUGUCAAUCUUGAUCCUGAGCAUGGGAGGCCAAUCGACAAAGGCGUUUCAAGCCUUUUGUCUAAUGAAUGUGGGAAAAUUGUCAGGGAAAAGUGCCCUAUGGUGCAUGAAACGUGGACAAAGAUUACCAGGGACGUGAAACAUAACCUCAGAAAGGAGGUCGAAGUGAACUUUGACGUUGAUGUACAACGCCCAUCAAUUGUGCAUUACCUGAAUAAGCUCAUGGGUAAGGUGUAUAGAGAGUUUAAGUGUGAGUUGCACAAGCACUACAAAAAGAUGAGGUCCCUUGAAGAAGCACUUGAUAAACCCCCAAAGGCGAUGAUAGCUAGAAAUGAUCCAGCUCAGUGGAAGUGUUUAUGUAAACAUUUCUCAGAGGAAAAGUUUAAGAAGAAAAGUGAAACCAAUGCAAAAAAUCGAGCUGGAAAGGAGUAUGAGCACUGUGGAGGUUCUCGUCCGCAUGGUCUGUAUUUUCAAGAUAAAGUCCAGGAAGGGUCGAAGUUUCCAGCAAUCGAGACCUUCAGAGUUACUCAUCUCAAAAAGGGGAGUAAUGAAUGGAUCAGUAACAAAGCUCAAGAGCAAUACGAUAAGAUGAUUCUGAAAGAGGAAGCCUAUCUGCAAGUGUUGGCAGAGAAGCAUCCGGGUGUUCCAAUCAAAGAGUUGCCCAUAACUCCUGAAGUUGGGAUUGAGAUUUUGAAGGAGGUACUUAGUGUGAAGCCAAAACAACCAGUUCGUGGAUUGGGCACCUUUUGGGUAAAUGAGAAUCCAACCUCCAGCAUUAUAGAAGAACUAGAGGAAGUCUAUGCUGAACUUGAGAGGGAGAGGGCAAUUCGGACUAAAAUUCAAGGAAUGCUGAAUGCCGCCUAUGAACGGCUUGGUCAGCUUGAUCCCGAUUUUGAACCGCCACAGCUUCACCUGGUUGAUCCUAAUAUUGAAGCGCCCCAGCUUGACCUGAAUGGUGUUGAUCAGCAUCAAACUCAUUAGUGUUUCGCCCAGGCAAUUCAUAUACUUGUAUAUUGUGUAAUUCUCUAACACUUGAUCGGCUUUAUGACUAAAUUAUCACUUCUAGCGCUAAGAUUGU